AUGAUGCGUUUCCUCCUCGAAACCAUGGAUUUAUGGGAGACUGAUCAAUUUCUCAAUAGCUAUGGUAUUGUGUUUAUGGAUGCUUUGCUCGGAAGCGUAAUUAUGUCUAUGAUGUUUGGCGAUAAGGGCAGUGCGGAGCGUUUGGACGACAACACCUUCAGCUUCCGCGACCCGAACUACGGCCUCAACCUCGACUUCAUGACGUAUUCGAUGUACGCAAUGGCAAACAGGGACCCGACCACUCUUCUAGACGCCUCAUUCAUGCACCGUCAGGCUGAGAAGACCUUCUCCACCUUCUUCCAACACUUCGUGAGCAGCAACCUGUCAGCGACAUCAAUGUCGGCCACGACCCAAAGUUGGGCGUACCAGGAAAUCAACGCAAGCCUCCCGUACGGCGUCAACACGAUCGACAAGUACAUCCCAAGCGAGGGCUACCUGCCCUUCCCGGCUCCAUCCCCGCCGCCGUCCCACACGAAUCGGACCGCCCUCGUCGAGGUGUCGACCCAAGUCGAGCUCCUGCGCACGAACGCCGUCGCCGUCUGGCUCAGCGUCGACAUCCUCGCGUGGCUGAUUUCCACGACCGUCGCCAUCGCGGUGCUGCAGCGCAAGUACCUGCGCAACCUCGACCGCAACAUCGAGUGUCUGGGCGACGUGCUCGUCCUGGUCGCGCACAGCGACAGGCUGCUGCAGCUCGUGCGGGAGCGGGGGCCGGAUGGUCUGGAGAAGGAGAGGGAUGUUAAGACGAAGCUGGGCUGGUUUGAGGAUAGCAAUGGCGAGCAGAGGUGGGGUAUUGAGGUUGUCGAGGGGGAUGAGUAG